CCACUGGUCAGAUACCCUAUCAUAAUCUCUGUAAUAACUUGGUAAUAACUGCUGCUGUGCCUGAAGUGCUGGUGCGUUGAAGAGCAUAGUCGGAUACGUCUCCAAACCUUACAUUCAACCUAACUGUGUUCGUUUCUAUCCGGAUUUAUUACAACGUAGGUUGGAUUUUCACCGAGCUUCACAGACAAGUUACGAUCAUCUGUAGUUUUAGUAACAAAGCAGUUGAAGAUGGCGAAGCUAGGUAUACCGCUGCUGAUAGUUGCUGUCGUUACGCUGGCGCUGAUGAUCACGGCUCACGUUGUACCAGAGUGGUUUGUCCUGGACGUGAACUUGCCGGAAUUCAAUUUUCGGUUGGACAUUGGACUGUGGAGACGAUGCCAGAUGGGGACGGAUAUACGAGUAAAGGCUUGUAUAUACUACAUUUCGGAACCUGGAAUCGAAAACUUGUCAAACACAUGGCGCUCCGCUAUGGCGUUUGGCCUUCUUGCCACGAUCCUUGCUGGCAUGGGCCUAAUCCUGUCCAUCGCAAUGGAGAUGAAAGGCACUCUUCGGACAGUACUGGUAGUGGUACUAGGUCCUCGCAUACUCUUUGCUGUGUCAGGAAUAUUCAUGAUUGUGUCUGCCAGCACCUUUAUCGGGUUUGUCAAGCAGGAGAAGUUUGAAUCACCUCCCUUUACGAAGUACGGUGCAUCCUUCAUCAUCGCUUGGGUGACGGUCGCAACAUCCCUGGCAUCCGCGAUCCUCGCUCAUCUUCACCAUUCCAAACAGCAGGCGCCAGCGGAAGGGCUGCCGCAACCAAUCUGAACAUGCAGUGAAACUGAUAAUUCGUGCACUCAAUGGAGACUACCGGACAUGCUUCGUGCUAAGCAAGUUAACCAACAGAGUGCGUACUAAGCGACUUCCACAAUAUUUUUAUGAUUUGCUUAUUCUCCACCAUAUUACAGGUCAGAUACUGGCAAGUGUACAUGUAGAUACGGAAAAAGUCACUCAGUACAUGCAUGUACGUGUACAUGUUAAAAAAAUAAUAAAUAUAUCAACGUUUCGUUCAUAAUAUAUUAAUAUUCAUGUACAUGUGCUGCGUGCCCGUCUCUACUUCUCCUUACUGAGAUCCAGUAUUCUUUCUAUCCGUGGUGCUCGUUCUCGUCGGAAUUUCCACGUCCAACGUUUUGUGGAUAGUUCCGUCGUGGUGGCUGAGUCUCGCCUUGUUACGUAAUUUUCUGAACUUCUAUACUGUGUUUACUUGUUCAUCAAGUUUUUGUCUUUUUUCUUUUUGAUUUUUCUGGAUGAUUUUUUUAGUUUGAUGGUUAUUGUCGUUCUUAUUAAGUUAGUGCAGUGUUUUUUGUUUCGUUAUUGUUUUCCUCCUUUUGAAUUGAGUUUAUUGAUUUUUUUAAUUAUAAAAAAAUGAUUUGAGGUUUUUUUGGUUUGCGUUUGAAAUUCUAUAUUUUACACAUGCAUUUUCUGAUUUCUUCUCCAGUGUAUGAUUUAUUGCAUUUUUAAACCAUUGUGUUGAUGUGCUAGUCUUGCUCGAACCGGAAGCUGCCCGGAGUACGCUGUUCUUGAUCAAUACCACAUUAUUUUUGUUGAGAUAAAGAUAACGUUUCGAUUGUUCA